UUGCGAUCUCGCAGCGGGCGACUUCGUUCUCAUUUUCGAUUUGCCUUGCCGACCCUCAUCAUGUCGUCGGUCCUCCUCCGCGCCCGGCGCCUUGCGCCUCUACUCGCCAUUGCGUCAGCGACGUCGGCCGCUGUCGCCUGGAACCAGCAGGCGCCGGUGCAUAUCGCCAAGGACCCGACCAAGCGCCACAUCGUCGUCCUCGGCUCAGGCUGGGGCGCUGUCGCCUUCUUGCGCAAGCUCAAGCCCGACGACCACACACGCGUGACGGUCGUCUCGCCGCGUGGCGUGUUUCUCUACACGCCGCUACUGCCCGCCGCCUCCACGGGCACGGUCGAGGCGCGGUCGAUCGUGGAGCCGAUCCAAACCUUCUUGCCCGAGCACGCUCGCUUCGUCGAGGCGGCCGCGACGUCAAUUGAUCCCAAGACGAACCGCGUCACGUGCGUCUCGGAGCUGGAUCCGAGCUCGCCGUUCACGCUCGAGUACGACCAGCUCGUCGUUGCUGUCGGGUCUGUCGCCAACACCUUUGGCACGCCCGGUGUCGCCGAGCACGCGCACUUUCUCAAGACGUACGACGACGUUGUGGGCUUGCGGAAGCUCGUGCACGCACGCUGGGAGCAAGCGUCGCUACCGACAACAUCGCCCGAAGAGCAGCAGCGCCUCUUAUCGUUUACGAUCUGCGGCGGCGGCCCGACCGGCGUCGAGCUCGCGGCCGAGAUCCACGACCUCUUUCAGCGGGACCUCAAGAAGCACUACCCGCACCUCGCGUCGCUCGCGACCGUCCGCGUCAUCGACUGCGCGAGCCAGAUCCUCUCGAUGUUUGAUCGCAAGAUUGCCUCGUACGCGACGUCGGCCUUUGCCAAGCACGGCAUCGAGACGCGGCUCAAGUGCCGCGUCACCCGAGUGUACGCCGACAGCGUCGAUGUCCUCGACACGGCGACCGGCAAGACGACGCGGCUGCCGUCGGGCACAACAAUGUGGUGCUCGGGCAUCGGGCUGCACCCGUUCGCUGCGUCGAUUGCGGCCCACUUCCCGCAGCAGCAGACCAACAAGCGCGCCGUCGUUGUGGACCCGUACUUCCGCGUCCAAGGCAGCACCAACCUCUUCUGCCUCGGCGACGCGGCGGCCGUCACGUAUGAAAAGUCGGUCGCCCACGCCAAGGAGCUCUUCGACCACUUCGACUCCAAGCACGAAGGCAGUCUCUCGUUUGAAGACAUGGCGGCGCUCUUCGAGCACGCAUCCAAGACGUACCCGCAGUUCCGCGAGCACGUGCAUUUGAUCCAAGAAAGCCGCGGGACCUCGAAGCUCUCUCGUCCGUUUGUCCACGGCGCGCUGCACGCGAUCUUUGAAGCGGCGGACGCCGACCACAACAACCGCCUCGACAAGGACGAAUUCGUGGCGCUCUUGGCGGCCAUGGACGCGCAUCUGCGGUCGCUGCCAGCCACGGCCCAAGUCGCGCAGCAGCAAGGCGAGUACCUCGCGCAGCUCUUCAACAAGAAGCUCGAAGAGAACCCGACGAGCGCGGCGCCGUUCGAGUGGACGAACCUCGGGUCGAUGGCGUUCAUCGGCGAGAACGAAGCCGUCGCGUCCAUGCCGGGCGCCGGCGUCGUCCAAGGCUUUGCCAUGGGCUUGCUCUGGCGCGGGUUUGAAACCAUGAAGCAACAGAGUUACCGCAGUCUCAUGGCCGUCGCCUCGGACCAGAUCCGCACCGCGAUCUUUGGCCGCGGGCUCUAAAUGGGAAAUCUAGCGUUGUCCAUUCUUAAAGUUCA